CGCCAUGUAUGUAAGCCCCUGCGUGUCCACCCGUAUCAUUGCCUCUGGAACUUUUAGGACAUGACCUUAUGACACGAUAUCUUAAUCCGUGUGGACAUAAAAUUCUCAUUGUGAGAAAGCGAAGGUAGCCAGAAGAAGCCUCCCAGCUCUGAUCCCUCAAUUUUUCGACUUUAUAAUGCGCUCUCAAGAUAGCGGAUGUGCUGUGAUAACGUCAGACACUCUUGUCUGCGAGCACGUUUAUCAGUCUCAAAUGGUUGGCUGUGGUGUAUAAUUGGUUUAGUGCUUCCAAAAUUUCAACGAGUAUUUUGCGAUUUUUUUAUUUACUUUUUUUAUUUUAUCACAACAUUUAUCAAAAAGUGGAUAAACGACGAUAACAAUGCCGAAAGUGAAUAUAAAGUCGUCAGCAAGUGACGUGCGGAAAGAUUCCUCGAAAUACUGUCAAAAUUUUGCUGUUAAAUAUGUGCCGGCUACGAAAUGGUUACCGAAAUAUACGAAAUUUCAAGCCCUUUCGGACCUUGUGGCUGGAAUCACUCUUGGCCUCACGAUGAUUCCACAAAGUAUUGCGUAUGCUGCAAUUGCUGGACUCACUCCUCAGUAUGGGCUUUACUCGUCAUUUUUCGGAGGCUUCAUUUACAUCCUUUUUGGAAGUAUUAAGGAAGUAUCAAUUGGACCAACUUCCCUUAUGGCACUUCUAACCCUGGAGUUCGUACAAAAGAUGCCUCGCGAUUUCAUGAUACUUCUUGGAUUUUUAGCAGGAUGUGUCGAAUUAGUCAUGGGUUUACUUAAUUUAGGUUUCCUUGUGGAUUUCAUAUCGAUUCCUGUAACUACUGGAUUUACUUCUGCCACCGCAGUUAUUUUAAUCGUGCAUCAAUUACCGCAUUUACUGGGUAUUGAGUAUGAAGCGGUGGCAGUAAUUGACAGUGUAAUUAAACUUUUUAACCAUAUCACCUAUGUUCGAUGGACUGAUACAGCUCUUGGACUGACAAGUGUGAUAUUGCUGUUGUCUAUGAGGAAAUUAAAAGAUGUUAAGUGUAAGAGCUUAGAAAACAAUAAAAAUUCUACAACCGGGAAGUUUUUAAAUAGAACCUUAUGGUUUUUAUCGACUGGUCGAAACGUUAUAAUCGUACUGGCAUCCACAGUUAUGACAUAUCGUUUAAGCCUCAUAGGUAGUGAGCCUUUUCUGCUCUCAGGAAAUGUUACUUCCGGACUGCCUUCAUUUACUUUGCCAAAUUUCUCCUCUCAAGUUGGCAACCAGACUUAUACAUUUUUUGAAAUGUGUUCUCAUUUGGGUUCGGGAAUAGUAAUUGUGCCACUUGUUGCUGUUUUAACGAAUGUGGCUAUUGCCAAAGCUUUUGCAACUGGAGAUUUGGUGGACGCCUCGCAAGAAAUGAGAACACUCGGAAUUUGUAAUGUAUUGGGCAGCUUUGUUUCCUCGAUGCCAACUUGUGGCUCUUUCACAAGAAGUGCAUUGAGCAGUGCAAGUGGAGUUCAAACUCCAAUGGCUGGCCUUUACUCAGGUACAAUGACGCUCCUAGCACUCAGUUUUUUGACUCCCUAUUUUCACUACAUUCCACAAGCGACUUUAGCUGCAGUACUUAUAAGUGCAAUUGUUUUUAUGAUCGACUGGGAAAUCGUGCCGUUACUCUGGAAAGGAAACAGAGCCGACGCUAUAGCUUGUAUUUUAACUUUUGGGACUUGCGUUCUCGUGAAUGUAAAAAUAGGCCUGUUAUUUGGCACCAUUUGCAAUAUCGUUUACCUGAUUUUCCAGUCUGCCAGGCCGAAAAUUUCCGUGACAGAAUGCAAGACAAAUACGGAAGACAAGUACCUGCUGCUUAAACCACAAGAUGGAUUGCAAUUUUUGGAAAUUAAUUACCUGACGAAAAGGAUAUCAAAAAUUGGAGAAGAGUCAAAAAAUAAGGGACUGCCUUGUAUUAUUGACUGUCAGGGUUUUAAAGGAAUAGACUACACGGCCAUAAAAGGCAUCGAGAGACUUCGAAAAGAAUUUGAAACGAGGAAUCAUCCUCUCUGGUUUUUAAAUCUCAGUCCAGAAGUGAUGAGAACUAUUAAAAUCCUGGGCGAUAUCGAAUCGUUCCAAAUUUUAGAGACUAAUGAAAAUAUAACGGAAUGUUUUCAACAGCUGCGGAAGACUAAUUCUCAAAGUCUAUUAUCAAUAAAAGGGGCGUCUGAAAUAACAAAUAAUGUAAAGUUCAGCGAAAUAAGGGAAAGAAACGAUUUAAAGGGGGAAAAUUAUGACACGAGCAAAGGGGAAAACACAUUACUUUCGGAAGAAAGACUAUCAUUGAUGGCAGAUCAUAAAGUGGAAAUUUUGAUGAAUGGUUCACCUCUGGCGGAUGCUCCAUCGCAAGGAGAACAAAAUGGGGUGGAACUUAGUCGUCUAUAAAAUUCAUUCUAGUACACUUCCUGUAAAUAUUUAUUAAAAUGAAAGACUUUUUUCAUUUUUAGAUUUAAUUUCAAUUCUCAGAAAAGUUGUUUAUAUACAGAAAUGGUUAGUUAGGUCGCAAUUUACGUACUUUAAAUUUUUUCUAUCGAGGAGUCUCAAGAAAGAAUAAAUAUAAAGCUCAAAACUAUUUCUGUUUUUAAAUGAUGUAUCAAGCUUUUUGUGCUUGAUUUUUAUAAAAGCAUGUGUUUUGCUUCAGUAUUUUUAAAUAUGAUGAUUUAUUUUGUCACUAAUUAUUAUUAUUAUUAUUAUUAUUAUUAUGGAAAUUAGUUUAUAAAACUAGAAUUAAAAAAUUAUAUUUUUUCGAAGGAAAAAUUAUAUUUAUGUCAUAUACUUAUAUUUGGUAAGUACAU